GGGUCCGGGUUCGGCGCUGAGCGCGGCCGGGGCCGAGCGGGGCCGGGCCCGGGGCCCCCGCGGCGCACAUGGACCUGGACGUGGACUACGAGCGGCCGAACGUCGAGACCAUCAAGUGCGUGGUGGUCGGGGACAACGCGGUGGGCAAGACGCGGCUCAUCUGCGCCCGCGCCUGCAACGCCACGCUCAGCCAGUACCAGCUGCUGGCCACGCACGUCCCCACCGUGUGGGCCAUCGACCAGUACCGCGUCUGCCAGGAGGUGCUGGAGCGCUCCCGGGAUGUGGUGGACGAGGUCAGCGUCUCCCUGCGGCUCUGGGACACCUUCGGGGACCACCACAAGGAUCGGCGCUUCGCCUACGGCAGGUCGGACGUGGUGGUUCUGUGCUUCUCCCUGGCCAACCCCAACUCCCUGCGGCACGUGAAGACCAUGUGGUACCCCGAGAUCAAGCACUUCUGCCCGCGGACGCCCAUCGUGCUGGUGGGCUGCCAGCUGGACCUGCGCUACGCCGACCUGGAGGCCGUCAACCGGGCCCGGCGUCCCCUGGCCAAGCCCAUCAAGCCCACGGACAUCCUGCCCCCGGAGCGCGGGCACGAGGUGGCCAAGGAGCUGGGGGUGCCGUACUACGAGACCAGCGUCGUGGCGCAGUUCGGCAUCAAGGACGUCUUCGACAACGCCAUCCGCGCCGCGCUCAUCUCCCGCCGCCACCUCCAGUUCUGGAAGUCGCACCUGAAGAAGAUGCAGCGGCCGCUGCUGCAGGCGCCGUUCCUGCCCCCCAAGCCCCCCCCGCCGGUCAUUCAGGUCCCCGAGGCCCCGACCAGCUGCGGUUGGGGCCCCGCCGCGCUCUUCCGCACCCCGCUCUGCGCCGACGUCGUCUUCCAGCUGCAGGGUGGGCAGCGCGUGUUCGCCCACCGCGUCUACCUGGCCACCUCCUGCUCCAAGUUCUACGACCUCUUCACGCUGGAGGGGCCGCAGGGGGGGGCCGAGGAGCCGGCUGCAUGCACCCAGAGCCCGGAUGGGGACCGGGGGAGCCCGGCUGAGAGCGGCAGCGCCCCGAUGCGGGGCUGUCACAGUGAUGAUGCUCGGCGGCCGGUGGCAGGGGACAGCACGGGGGAUGUGGGGGGGACCACAGGGGACAGCAGCGUCCGGGACCUGUCCUCGUGGGGCCGCGGGUUCGUGAGCAUGAGCUGGGAGGCGGUGCCGGAGCCGGUGUCGGGGCGGGAGCGCCGCAUGGUGCUGGUGCGCAUGGAGCCGCGCGUGCAGGCGGAGCCGUUCCGCGCCGUGCUCGAGUACCUGUACACCGGGCGGCUGGACCAGGCCCGCGGCGACCUGCGGCACGUGGCCACCAUCGCCGAGCUGCUGGAGGUCUUCGACCUGCGCAUGAUGGUGGCCAACGUGCUCAACAAGGAGAGCUUCAUGAACCAGGAGAUCACCAAAGCCUUCCACGUGCGCCGCGCCAACCGCGUCAAGGAGUGCCUGGCCAAGGGCGUCUUCGCAGACGUGGUGUUCCGGGUGGACGACGGCGCGGUGCCGGCGCACAAACCGCUGCUCAUCGCGGGCUGCGACUGGAUGAUGGCGAUGUUCCGGGGGGCCUUUCGGGAGAGCUACGCCUCUGAGGUCCCGCUGCCCGGCACCAGCUGCGCCUCCCUCCGUGCCGUCCUCGACUUCCUCUACACCGGGGUCUUCACCCCGGCGCCCGACCUGGACGCGAUGGAGCUGCUCAUCCUGACCGACCGGCUCUGCCUGCCGCGCCUGCAGGCGCUCACCGAGCAGUACGCAGUGGACGAGCUGCUGCAGGCGUUCAUGCAGCGGGUGGAGAUCGAUGAGCAGGUCCUGCUCUACCUGGAGCUGACGCAGUUCCACAACGCGCAGCAGCUGGCGGCCUGGUGCCGGCACUACAUCUGCACCAACUACAACAGCGUGUGCCGCCGCUUCCCCCGGCACAUGAAGUUCAUGUCCCCAGAGAACCGGGCGCACUUCGAGCGGCACCGCUGGCCGCCCGUGUGGUACCUGAAGGAGGAGGACCUGUACCUGCGCUGCAAGAAGGAGCGCGAGCGCGAGGAGCAGCGGGAGCGCGCGCAGCACCCGCGCCCCAAGUGGUGCUUCUGGCGCCCGCACGUGUCCUGAGGGGGGGCCGGGCCCCCCCGGGCGCUGCCCAUCGCUGGUGCUA